AAGGAUAGCGAUUGCUUACAUGAUCCACGCAGAGUAUUCUUGUCAGAGGAUAAAAAUGACAAUCCAUUGGAGUGCAUUGUUUCUAAGAUCAAAAUCGUUCAUGUAGCACCAAAUAUUGAUUUGCAUGAAAAAGAAAAGAGUAUACCUGAGUGUGAUCUCUACUAUGAUAUGUCAUAUUCAACUUCAUAUACUUCCUUUGCCAAUCUUCCCAUUGAUGGGUUACACAGCCCUAUGUCAUCAGUGACAUCUGAUUCCGAAUCUUCACUGUCUAUUGGGAAAACGAGGUUGACACUUCUUGAUCUUUAUUCUGGGUGCGGGGCUAUGUCGACUGGAUUGUGCUUGGGAGCGAAUUUUGCUGGCACAAAUUUACAAACACGAUGGGCAGUGGACUUAAAUAGUUUUGCUUGUGAGAGUCUUAAAUUAAAUCAUCCACAUACUGAGGUUCGGAAUGAAGAUGCUGAGAAUUUUCUCAUGUUACUGCAAGAAUGGGAGAAACUAUGCAAGCGUUUCUCCCUUAUUGGAACUCAAAGUUACUUUGAUGAUGGUUGUAUGUUAAAUGAUGACGAUGAAGAUGAUCUUGAAGAUUCCUCUGAGGUGCCUAAGGGGGAAUUUGAAGUAGGAAAAAUAGUGGGAAUUUGUUACGGUGAUCCUGCCAAACUUAGCAAAGUGGGAUUGCAUUUCAAGGUGAGGUGGAAGGGUUAUGGGCCGAGUGAGGAUACAUGGGAGCCUCUUGAUGGGUUGAGGAAAUGUCAGGAAAGGAUAAAAGAUUUUGUUACAAGUGGAUACAAGCGGAAUAUAUUACCAUUGCCAGGCAGUGCAGAUGUUAUUUGCGGAGGGCCACCAUGUCAAGGAAUCAGUGGAUUCAAUAGAUUUCGUCAAUCCGAUGCUCCACUUCAAGAUCCCAAGAAUAAACAAGUUGUUGUGUUUAUGGAUAUCGUUGAGUUUUUAAAACCCAAAUAUAUCCUUAUGGAAAAUGUGGUCGACAUGUUGAAGUUUGCUCGUGGUUUUCUUGGAAGAUAUGCUAUUAGUCGAUUGGUCUCUAUGAACUACCAAGCAAGGAUGGGACUUAUGGUCGCUGGAUGUUAUGGCCUUCCGCAAUUCCGAAUGCGGGUCUUUUUGUGGGGUGCCCUUUCGACAGAGGUGUUGCCACAAUUUCCUUACCCAACUCAUGAUGUUGUUAUACGUGGAGGGUGCCCUAAUGAGUUUGAGUCAAAUGUUGUUGCAUAUGACGAAUCUCAGAGGCCUACUCUUGAAAAAGCUCUUUUAUUGGGAGAUGCCAUCCGUGAUCUUCCCCCGAUUACUAAUGCUGAGAAGAGAGAUGAGAUGCCUUAUGACCAACCACCCAUAACAAAUUUUCAGCGGAUGAUAAGAUUGACUAGGGACGAAUUAACUGGUUCCCGUCAAGUGGGAGCAAAAUCAUCAAAAAAGGCUUGCCUCUUUGAUCAUCGACCAUUGGAACUUAAUGAUGAUGAUUAUCAGCGUGUUUGUGCUAUCCCCAAGCGGAAGGGAGCGAACUUUAGGGAUCUUUCAGGCGUCAGAGUAGGUGAAGAUAAUGUUGUUGAAUGGGAUCCAGAAAUUUCCUCGGUGUAUUUACCAUCAGGAAAACCAUUGGUUCCUGAUUAUUGCAUGUCUUUCAUCAAAGGAAAAUCACCCAAGCCUUUUGGUCGGUUAUGGUGGGAUGAAACUGUUCCAACUGUUGUUACUAGAGCCGAGCCACACAAUCAGGUAAUUUUGCAUCCAGAGCAAGAUCGAGUUCUUUCCAUCCGAGAAAAUGCAAGGCUUCAGGGGUUCCCUGAUUAUUAUCAACUUCGUGGUCCUAUAAAAGAACGUUACAUUCAAGUAGGCAAUGCUGUUGCUGUCCCUGUAUCUCGAGCUUUGGGUAUUGCCUUAGCUCGAGCUGUUGUCAAAGAUUGUGGUAGUGGCGCAUUGUUUGAACUUCCCCCAGGUUUUCAGCAACAUGAACUCACUUCAUUGAAUAAUUUGGACGCUAUUGAAGCUGUAGCAGAAACUAAGUGAAGUUCACUCUUAAGAGGUCAUCAGUUGAUGUUUCUGUGAUAUUUGUGCUAUUUAUAUGAUUGAUCUCAACGUGCAAAUGAUGUGAUUUCCAUUUAUUGCAAGCUUGAUGUGGAGAAGAGCCAUUUGGCUUGCUUGAUUCUUAGGAGGGGUUUUCCUUGGAAACCUUUAACAAUAUUGUGCCAUUUGUCUAUUAAAACAUGCGACUAUUGAUAACUGCUUGAAAUUCAUUCUUGUUCAUUUUGGAGGAUUGUGACCAUCUGAGUGUUUCUGAUUAAGAACUCAGUUGGCUAUUUGGGUCCAAAGUUAAUAGCUUAUUAUUGUUUUGAACAUAGUCAUUGGCUUAACAUGGAUAUUGAAAUGCUUUUCCAUACUCA